AGUUCAGGUUGCCACAGUAACCCUUGCUCUUCCGUUUGUGCUUUUCCAUUAGGAAAAUCUUUCACUCUGCAAACACCCAGCUCCAGGUAUGUGACAUAUACUGAUCAAAUAUGGUGUGACUAUUGACUGCCAAGAAUCAAUGAAGAGCAUUGCAGGAGCAUUUUCAUGUUUCUGAGUCUUCCUGUAGCUUCUAGACCCUCCUUGCUUGACACAUCCAGAAGAAGGGCUGAUUGCCUGAAUCAGGGCUGAUCCAAAUUCCCACGGAAGUCGAUGGGAGCCUUUUCACUGAAAUAACAGUUUUAUUUUGGAGGAGCUUGGACCAGGCCCAAAGCCAGGUUCAGUAUCUGUGCACCCCAGACCCUGGAGCAGACUGGUGUUAACUCCUAUCAGCUUGUCUGGAAUUGGCCCAUUUAGAAAGAAAAACCAGAGGAGUCUGUGCCCAAGGGCCUUGUGGAAGAACCAGGUGGUCAACAGAAAAACUUUUGCAAUCUGACCGAGGAGGGUGAGAGCAAGUUGAGGGAAAAGCCAUUCCCCCGAAGAGGAGCCGGAGAACAGUCCCGGUCCCUGUCCGCGCUAGGUGCAGGACAGACAGCCGAGCCACUUGCUUUAGCCUAAAAACAUCCAACCAAACAAACAAACCCAGGAGACACAUUCGUGGUUGAACUGAUUUUGCAGAGGCAACAUGGACAUCAAGGAAUAUUUUGCCAGAAUUUCUUACCAGGGCUCCUACGAUAAACUGGAUCUGGAUACUUUAACGAAAAUACUCCAGCACCACAUCCGUGCGGUCCCUUUUGAAAAUCUCAGCAUCCACUGCGGAGAGCGCAUCGAGCUGGACCUGGAGUCACUGUACAACAAGAUCGUGAGGAAGAACCGUGGAGGCUGGUGCAUGGAAAAUAACCAGCUUUUGGCUUGGGCCCUGAAAACACUAGGAUAUGAUGUCACCCUUUUGGGAGCAAAAGUUUAUGUCCCAGAGUAUGAUGCAUAUGCUGAUGAAAUCGAUCAUCUUCUGCUAAAAGUGGUUCUUCAUGGCAAACCCUACAUUGUGGACGGAGGUUUUGGGAUGGUCUACCAGCUCUGGCAGCCAAUGGAACUGAUUUCGCAGAAAGAUCAGCCUCAGACUCCCGGCAUCUUUCGCUUCCUGGAGGAGAAUGGCAUCUGGUACCUCGAGAAAGUAAAAAGGAAGCAGUAUGUCCCCAACGAAAGCGUCUCUACUUCCCACAGUGUGGAAAAAGAAGCUUGCCGGCGAAUUUAUCUCUUUACCCUUCAGCCGCGAGACAUCGAAGAAUUCAGACCUGCCAACCUGCAGCUGCAGACAGCGCCAGACUCCCUGUUUGUUACCAAGUCUAUCUGCAGUUUGCAGACCACUGAUGGCAUCCGGGCUUUAGUCGGGUGGAAACUCUCUGAGAUAAAGUUCAACUAUAAGGAUAAUAUGGAUCUAGUGGAAAUCAGAAUCCUUGCAGAUGAAGAAAUAGAGAAAACGCUGAAAGAGAAAUUCAAUAUAACACUAGAUAGGAAACUAGUACCCAUCAAUACCGGCAGGUCGUCUCUGUUUUAACUCACUGCCUUCAAUACAGUGGUAUUAAAUACAAUCUUUUCCCCUAUUUUUGACAAGCACUAAAGGUUAGGCUUUCUCUUUCCAUCUACCCCAGUGUAAGGCAGACCAUAUUAGCAUGCAUCUGGAAAAGAAAUUGAUUUUCACUGCUGUUCCUGCACCUCUCCUUGGUUCAGGUACAAAUAAUUCCCUCCUGGCACAAUCAAAUCACUCCCAUUCUAUUCAUGCUUAGCUGGCAGCAGACUCUGCCCGUUCCCUCCUCCUUUCAUCUCUUAGAAGCUUUUCCCCUAACCCUGGCAGGGCACUAGGUCUCUUUCCUUACUGCUUUGCACUGCCGCCUGGGGAAAACCAUACCUACAUCUCCAAUGACUACCACAGUCCUGUUGAAAUUUGAUAGCUGGAAAAACAAAGACAUUCACUGUUCAGUUUGUUACAGCAAGCCAAAGUCUGUCCUCCUUUGCUCUUACAUUUUUAACACCCGUUCAUGCUGUAAUCAUGCAGCUCCACACUUAGGAUAUAUGUGGCGAAUACUUAGGCUAUUUGUGGCCUAAAACUCAUGAUCAGAAACAUGAGGAGACAAUUCAGUCUUGUUUCUGAUGUUUCACAGCUCGGCUUCUCUCAGCGACGUAUCCAAAAAGCAGUAAUUCCGGGGCUCCCUUUGAAUCUGAAGUGUCUCCCAUCUAGUUUGUUUGCUAAGUCCAGCCGCAGCCUGGCGGGAAUACGCCCUCUGCUCACAAGGUUGCACGUUAAUUACUGUGGCUAAAUUCAAAUUCAUGCACAGAAGGAUUUUUCCAAAACAUAUCUAUUCUGCUGAAGAUGUGUUUGCAGUAAUACUAAUUAUAUUGAUAUAAGGAGGAAGGAUAAAUCUUAAUCAGAUACCUAAAGGCUUACAUUUUAAGUAUGAGAAAUUACUCAACUGUAAUCACAUUGUGCUUUGAGAUGAUGCUUGAUGUUGCUUUAUGUACAAAUCACAGAACAUUACAGCUAUGCACUUACUUACAAUUAAGUAAAUUACAAUUAAAUAAAAAAAUCAAGUAUUGUGAA